AUUUUUUCGAUAUCAAGUUCCGCAAUCAUUCGGUCGAUUAAUUUUUGAUCACAAUGUAAAAAAAAGACUAAAAACUAGAUCCGGAAUAAACAAAUUUAUAGAGAAAAUUAUAUUUUCUUUUCAAUGGAAUUUUUUUUCCAAAAAUUCGGUAAAUUUGAUGUUCUUUAAAUAUUGCUUCAUGAUAAAUGGAAUCAUUCAAGCGAUUCAUUUUUUUUCUUUGAACGAAAACGAUAUGUGAAUGAAACGAGAGAUUCGGUCAAUCACCGUAUCCUGUUUGUCUGUUUGACAUUUCAAUAAAUUUAAUUAGUUACAAAGAUCAUUCAUUUUGAUUUCAUUUCGGUAUCGUGUAAACAUCGGACAUUUUUUUUUUCGACGAUAUGAAUCGACAUUUCUGUGGAUUAUUAUUAUCAUUAUUAUUGGUGUUAGCAAUAUUGAUCAAUCGUAGCUCACAACAGAAUGAAGAUCCAAUCAUAUAUAGUCGUCCAUCAUCAAUGGCCGGCAACGAUACAACAGAAACGAUCGACGAACCAGCAUCAAAUAUCAAUCCGAUAAAUCACCAGUCCAUCGAAACACGUUCGAAUGUGAUGAAUGUAAUUGAAAACUUCAACAAUUUAAGGCAUAAAAAUCCUCAUCUACUACAAAAAUAUAUUUCAGAAAAACAGGAUCAUAUUUUCAAUGAUAUUUGGAGACGAUUUUCAAAUAUGACUACCAAUACUAAUGAUACAAGCAAUAAUAAUAAUAAUAAUGUAUAUGAAGUUGAAUGGCAGCCAACGAUUCAAAAUAAUGAUGAUGUUGAUAAUGACGUGUAUCGUGUAUUAAGCUCAAGUUCAAGUCCAGAUUUUCAUCAAGAUUCAAUGUCUGCACAUGAAACACAAACUCAAGACCAUAAAGAUCAACUAACAAAAUUGAUACCAACUUCAGCCACUGCAAAUGAUGUGAAAAACAAUGAUAAUAAAUUACUACUACCAGUAGGAAUAUCACAUCGUCGUGGACAAUAUGUUCCAUCCAAUGCAAAUGUCAAUCGGUUCCAAGAAUAUUUAUCUUGUUGUGAACAAUUGUUCAACAAAUACGGCGAUCGAAACUACAUUCAUGAAGACAUAUUUAUGAUACCGGAAUCGGAACCCUACCUUCCGGUUGCUCUUGAUGGUCCUGGACCACCAGUACUUGUUACUGAAUAUCCACCGACAAGUAAUAAACGAUCGCCAACAGCAUUGUAUUCACACAGUUUGCAUAAUAUACCAAACUAUGUCAAUGAUGAUGAUAUCAAAAUCGAUUCUCCUUUAACUCCUUUGAAUUUAAAGGAUUUCUAUCCGAAAACUCAUCGCCAUUCGAUCGAAUGUCUAGAUGACGGUCAUCAUCAUCAUCAUCGUGACAAAAAUCAUGAUCAUCAUCAUCAACAUUAUGGUCAUCUUGCAACAACACCAGUAACAGGUCAGUUGAUUUCGACGCAUCCUUAUGAUUCAAACCCUCAAACCAACAGCAAAGUAAGUUGGAUGCCUAUCAGAUCGAUUGAACAACAACCACCGAUGCCGAUCACUGUUCAUCGAAUUGUUUCCACAUCGAUUCCAGCUGGACGUAUUAUAGGUAGUACAGGCAAUAAUGGUCUAAUUCGACCAUUCACGUCAAUGAAUCCAGCAUCUUUCAAUGAAAUUGUCAAUAAUCCAUCCACACACGAUUCAUCGUCUGGACCGAUAUCGACAAAAACUACGAUUCCAUUCAAACAUCCAAUACCACUUCCACCACCACCACCAUCAUAUGUUACACAUCAACCUGGAAUAAUUCCAAUAUCAAUGGGUCCCGUACCACAUAACCAUCAUCAUUAUCGAUUGAAUCAAUGGCCGUUUGAUACGGUUCCACCACCAAUAAGAUCGAUGGUGGGAACUUCAACACCACAUUCUUCAUCAUCUGGAAUUUUAUCAAAAAAAUUAUCAUUGUUGGGCAAAAAAUAUCUUCUCGGUUAA